CAGUCGAACCAGACAGCCCGCUCUCUUCACACCGAGCACAUGUAGUAGUUCUUCUCGCGUGGUAGUUAACUAUUUCGCUAAUUUGUAACUAUUCUUCUUAAUUGGUAGGUCAUCUCAACGUUACAAAAAUGGACGCGGAGGGCGUGAACAACAUUAACCAGGAUCUUUACAACUCUUUGUGUCAAGUUGAGGAUCCUGACCCUACCGUGGUGACGAUUGGUUUGAAAGGGCUGAUGAAAUGUAUGGAGAUUGCGGGGAAGACAACCAAGUUUCGGAGAAUUUGGGCCCCAAUAGUUUAUAAAGCCCAGAUGAAACUUCUUAAUUCAACCGACGGCGAAGUUGUGGCAAAUUUGGGACAAGGACUUUUUAAGACGUUGUCACUCACGGAGAAAGAUCCAAAUGUUUACCGUCAUAAGGAGACCAAAUAUGACGAAACUCUUCAACGAGUUCUAUUCACUAUGCAGAUGGACACCUCCGGUUGUCCUGCUCGUAAAGAGUGGUUAAUUCAUUUGGAAAAAUUCAUCCAAAUAAUGGGCCUUGCCAAUUUGCGUUGGCUUGACAGGAUUAACCAAAUCAUGCUUAACUUCGUGGCACCAGGACAAAAACAAGAAUGGGUGCUAAUUUUAAAGGUUGUCCAUGCCAUGAUCGAAGCAACAUGGAUGGAACCCACCAUGCGGUCGUGGGUUCAAAUUACGACCAAGAUUCUCUCCCAACUUCAAGACAACGCUCCAGUAGAAACGGAAGAUAAAGCUGAAAUUUAUUUCAAUAUUCAGCUCUGCUAUGAACUCAUGGGGAAAUGUACUAACUUUAGUUCAAUUCAGUCUGAUUUACGCUUCAUGAUCAGAAUGAUCGAGGUUCACGGCCAGGACCAGCCGAAUCAGGUUCAUCUUCUCGCGAAAUUUGACGAGUGUGAACUCCGAAAAUUUUUGUAGGAUGAGCAAACUAUUUACUUAUUGUUUACUGAUCUCCAAUUCAUGCAAUAAUAAAUUGUAAGAGUAAACUCAUGUUUUUUACGUUUUUUACAAAGAAGUAAAAUAAAAAGUACACCGUACUAAUUACUAUUUAA